GCAGACGGGCGACCUGUCUUCUCUGAUUUCCCUCUUACACUCUCAUUCUCUCAAUUUUUACCGCGCCUCCCUUCCUUUUAGGCCCAAAUUUUGCUACAUUUCUCUAAAUUAAUAUUAUUUUUGUCUGAAAAAACGAAUCUUCAUUUCGUAUUCAACGUCUAUGCCUUACAAAAGACAUUCCUCUUCAAAUCUGAAAAGGAAUCACAGCAAUGACAGUGACACAGACUUCUCGUCGGACGAUGAAGGAUGUCCGAAGAUGACACCACAUGAGGAGCAGCAAAUGUUUGAAAGGGAACAACAUAUUGCAUUUAGUGGAAGAUGUCAUAUUGGAGAUCCGGAGAGUUGCACCCAACUUCGUAAUGAAAUUAAUUCUCGUUGUGGUCCACGUCCAUCAACAUCGAAUAAUAUGGAAUUCAUCCUCAAUCGAGACCUUCAAAAACGUGGAACAUCGAUCUCAAACCCGCGAACUGUUGCUCGUGUUCUCAAUUCACAUUUACCAAAUCAGAAGCGACGUGUCGAUCGAGUAGCGACAAAAUCAUUCUGCACGCAAUAUAUUCAAAAUGGAACGAAAAUCGUGGUGGCAAGUCAGGACGAAAAGAUUCGAUUCUACCAAAGAAAUCCAGACAAGUCGAAAUACAGAUCAAAAUAUAUGAAAUCUGAUGAACUUCGUGUUGAUCAAUGUGGUUGGUCGAUUCUUGAUACAGCGAUUAGUCUAAAUGGAGAUUUAAUUGCUUAUGGAACAUGGAAAGAUGCAGUUUUUGUUGGAAAACUCGACUUUACGGAAAGACAAAAUAUCACAUGGUUUCCAAUUGAUUUGAAUGGAGAACCAGGAAGAGAUCACUGUGCAGUCUUUUGUGUGAAAUUUUCGGAUAGCAGUGAACAAAUCGUGUGUGGUACAUCACAGUAUUCAAUUCACGUAUUUGACGUCGAACAACGGCGGCGGAUUCGUACAAUUGUGAAUGCUCACGAGGAUGAUGUCAAUUCGGUGUGCUUUGCGGAUCUUGGAUCAAAUUUGAUAUAUAGUGCAGGAGAUGAUGGACUUGUAAAGGUAUGGGACAAACGUGCAUGGUCAGAUGGAGACGUAGAGCCUGUUGGAGUAUUUGCUGGACAUCGUGACGGAGUGACACACGUGGAUUCUCGACAAGACGAAAGAUAUUUGUUGAGUAACAGCAAAGAUCAAACAAUCAAAGUUUGGGAUCUUCGAAAGUUUUCGAAUAUGUCAGGAGUGGAAGCUACACGUGCGUGCGUUCAGAGUCAACACUGGGACUAUCGAUGGCAGCCUGCACCACCUGGAUUAUGUCAACCUGUUGCCGGAGAUACGUCUGUUAUGACACUACGUGGACAUAGUGUUCUGCAUACAUUGGUUCGAGCGAAUUUCUCACCGGAAAGCACUGGACGGCGGUAUAUUUAUACGGGAUGCGCCAGAGGCGAAGUUGUUGUAUACGACAUAAUGAGUGGUACAGUGAGCCGCCGCCUGAAAGGUCAUACAGCUGUGGUUAGAGAAUGUGAUUGGCAUCCAACAGAGAACGAGAUUGUUAGUAGUGCGUGGGACGGAGUGACAACAGUCUGGACAUGGGAUGAACGUCAGGAAGGAGUCAUUGCACCAUACGAUCAUCCCAAUAUUUCUCAGUUUGGCGACGAAGAUUCGUGUGAUGAGCUCUUCCAACCUGUCAAAAAACAAUGCCGUCGUCAACGAAAAACCAUGUCUUCACGUGGACAUCCGUGCUCAUCGAGCAGCAUCUCUCAAAAUUAAGACUUGUAUUUACUCUGAGAACUUGUAAAAUUUGAUUUAUUUGAAACUAGGUUUCUUUUUUCUAUUACUUGUUUCAUCCCAUCCAUUUUUGUUCUCAAGCCUUUCUUUUAUUUUACCUUUCCCCAUCCAUUUCCCCCAAAAGUUACGGUAGGCUUCUCGAAACGACUCGCCAUUUCAUUGAUUCAUUUGAUACGGAGUUUGUACAUAAUAAUGCGGUUAUCUUUUAUCCCCAACCAGUCAAAUUUCCCAAUUUGUUAAGAAUAUAAUUAUAUAUAGAUCAUAAUAAAUAAUUAAACAACCAAAU